AUGACUGGACAAACCUGGACUGAAGCGGCAAUAAGAGCCCUGAUGUGCUUGAUGGGGAUUUUUGGCAACAACUGGCUCCUUUGUUGCUCUCUGCCUACAUCCAGAUCUGAGGUGCGAACUAAUGACAUCCUGUUUGUCAACUUGGCUUUAUCAAACCUAAUAACUAAUUAUCUGGUGGACCUGCCAGAAACCUUGGAUUUUACAAGGCAGUGGCCCAUGGGCAGGACAUACUGUGGCACAUUCAACUUCUGCUCUGAUCUUUCGGAGAGCUGCAGUAUCUUCGCCACCAUGUUCAUCACUGUGUACUGGCAUCAGAAACUCGUGGGUUCUCUCAAGCAUGGAGGGGCUCCUGUCCGGAUGGACAAUACGUAUCUCGUGGCGGCCCUGUUGGCUGGGAGCUGGACUGGAGCUGUUGUGUUCAGCCUUCCUCAUUUUUUCUUUGCUUCCAAGAAUGUCUGGAACGAGAGUUGUGACAGGUGCACGGAACAGUAUCCCUCACCCGGAGCCGAGCAGACGUAUGAGAUGCUGUACCUCGUGCUAGCAAACGUGGUUCCAAUUAUCGGGAUCGUUUGCGGUAGUGUCCAAAUUGCGGUCACGCUACUGCAGAAUCAUAAACGCAUCGAGACCAUCACUACAGAGGUAACCAGAAGAGCCGACGUCUCCGUCGCUGAAGACCACGCCAGGUCUGCUGGAGGCAAUGCCACGAUCAGUGGAAAUGAGGCACAAAAGUUCGCAUCUGAAGUUAGUCCUGGGAACGUGCCCGAACACCAACGAAGUGUAAUAAAAUCAAAAGACAAAUCCCGCCUUUCCACGGACGCUCAGAUGAGGGCUGUGAAGAGUGUUCUGGCAGUGGCAACAGUCUUCCUGUUCUUCUGGCUAACCCACCUCGUGCUUAGCGUAAUCAGCAUUGUUUUCAAGUGCUCUGUAAUUGAUGAGAUUAUCAGCUACGUAGGUGCAGGGUACACCUGCAUUAUCCCUUACAUCUACUUGCAUGGAGUGAAGAAGCUGAAAUUUUCCUGCAGAGCCUGA